AGCCUAUUUCUCACUCUCUCUCUCUCGCACUAAAUCCUGUCCCUGUGGCCACAAACCCUCCCCCCAGAUUUCCCUCUCUCUCUCUCUGCGCCACAACUCAAAACGCCCCCUCACUUGUUCUGUUCUGUCCUUUCUCUCUGCUAUUGCACUUCUGUUCGCUCUCCCACUCUCUCUCUCUCUCUCACUUGUCUUCUUGUAUUCAUUCUACCACUGCCUUUAUCUAUUCGUUAGUGGAAACCCAUGCGGUUUAGAUGACAAGAGACCACCAUGGACUAGUAGGUUGAUCUUAGCAUUGAUUUCUCCUGACAAUAGAACAAACAGCAACCAUGCAUCACGGUGGUUCCGCCGUAUCCCAAGAAACCAGUAGUGUCUUCGAUUUGGUAUCCCAUUUGGGUCGCUUUGCAUUCAAUACAAGGCUCCACAACUCAGGCUCGGAUGGAUACUCUUCCUUCCUUUCCAAUUCCCUCUACUACGAGCCCCUUGGCGGCUCAAAAAAGCUUAACUUGCGUGCCUCACUGAGCUUGGGCGGUAGAGGCGCUUCGGGUAUUAGGAGUAUUCUGAAUGAUUUCAACAGAGCUAUAAAGUUCCAUUGCGAGAGAAUUCCAAUUGGGUUCGCCUCGGUUCGGGUUGGCUCGGGGGACAGCAAUGGGCUUAGAGAAGAUGGGUGUGGUGUAUCGGAGGACGAUGGCUUGACCUUGAACGGUGUGGAGGCUGAGACCCCCAAAAAGGUUUUGAUUUUGAUGAGUGACACCGGUGGGGGCCACCGGGCUUCGGCUGAGGCUAUAAAGGCCGCGUUUCAUGAAGAAUUUGGCGAUGAGUAUCAGGUGUUUAUUACCGAUUUAUGGACGGAUCAUACUCCUUGGCCAUUUAAUCAACUUCCCAGGAGCUAUAAUUUUCUGGUGAAACACGGAACCUUGUGGAAAAUGACUUAUUAUGCAAGCGCUCCCCGCGUGGUGCAUCAAUCUAACUUUGCUGCGACCUCAACAUUUAUAGCUCGAGAGGUUGCUAAAGGCCUGAUGAAGUACCAGCCAGAUAUUAUUAUCAGUGUGCAUCCACUGAUGCAGCAUGUUCCUCUUCGUAUCUUGAGGUCAAAGGGCCUUUUGAAGAAGAUUGUCUUCACCACUGUAGUCACAGAUCUAAGCACUUGCCAUCCUACAUGGUUUCACAAGCUUGUAACCAGAUGCUAUUGCCCAUCGGCUGAGGUAGCGAAGAGGGCCUUAAAAGCUGGACUCCAGCCUGCCCAAAUUAAGGUUUAUGGACUUCCUGUGCGACCUUCCUUCGUUAAGCCUGUUCGUUCAAAGGUUGAGCUAAGGAGAGAGCUUGGAAUGGACGAGAAUCUUCCUGCUGUGUUGCUGAUGGGAGGAGGAGAAGGGAUGGGCCCCAUUGAGGCUACUGCUCGAGCACUUGGGGGUGCAUUAUAUGAUGAGAAUCACGGGGAGCCUAUUGGUCAGUUGCUUGUAAUUUGUGGCCGCAACAAAAAGCUUUCGAGUAAAUUGCUUUCCAUAGAUUGGAAAAUUCCUGUCCAGGUGAAGGGGUUUGUCACCAAAAUGGAGGAGUGCAUGGGUGCUUGUGAUUGCAUCAUCACAAAGGCUGGCCCAGGGACGAUUGCAGAGGCCAUGAUUCGUGGCCUCCCUAUCAUUCUGAAUGAUUUCAUUGCCGGCCAGGAGGUUGGAAACGUACCAUAUGUGGUCGAAACCGGAUGUGGGAAGUUCUCUAAAUCGCCCAAAGAGAUAGCAAAUAUUGUUGCUGAGUGGUUUGGUCCAAAAGCUGACGAGCUCAAGGCAAUGUCCCUAAAUGCAUUGAAGCUGGCUCGGCCUGAUGCUGUGUUCAAGAUUGUUCAUGAUCUUCACGAGCUUGUUAGACAACGAAGUUUCGUACCUCACUAUUCCUGUACAACUUAACCCCAUUGCUCCCUCUCAAUUUUGGUGCAUGUCUCCCGUUAAGUUCGCCAUUGGGCAAAUUAAUUGCAUGACCCUUCUCCUGCCCUUUUCAUUUUUUAUAUGAUUUUCAGUCAACGAUAAUAAAUUCAUAUUUUCUAUCAUAA